AUUUAAUCUUGAUUUGUAGGGUAAAUCUUUAAUUUUCGCAAUUAUCUUCUUUAGGACGAUAAAAGGUGUGGCCCAAAAAAAUAUGAGUAACCAACCUUAGGGCGAUUUUAGCGGAAGCCAAAAUUAGUCAGAAAUCAAAUCAGAUAAUUGAAAUAUAUAUAACUUGUCAUUAAUCACUUCAAAGUAUACUCAAUUGCUGGUUGAACUAAUAUAAAAAUUGAUAUAUCACAUUUACAGAAAAUGACUUCAGCUGCAGUUUUGAAAAGUCCAUUGGCCAAAUCAUUAAAGGUUGCUCUUAUUCAAUUAAAAGCUGGUGCAGAUAAGACUGCCAAUUUAGCCAAAGUCACCAAAUUCAUCGAUGAAGCUGUCAAAACAUCUACAGUCGGUGCUCUUGAUUUAAUCAUGUUACCAGAAUGUUUCAACAGUCCUUAUGCUGUCGAUCAAUUCCGUAAUUAUGCUGAAUUGAUUCCAACUGGUGAAACAACUUCUAUUUUAUCCCAAUUAGCUAAGAAACAUGAAGUGUUUAUCAUUGGAGGUUCUAUUCCAGAAUUAGAUGGGGAAAAAGUUUAUAAUACUUCUUUAACAUUCAAUCCUAAGGGUGAAAUAAUAGCUAAACAUCGUAAAGCUCAUUUAUUUGAUAUUGAUAUUCCAAACGGUAUUACGUUUAAAGAAUCAAUUAGUUUAAGUGGUGGUGAUAAAGCUACUGUUUUCAAAUUAGGCGAGUUUGGUAAUGUUGGGUUAGGUAUUUGUUAUGAUAUCAGAUUCCCUGAAUUAGCUUUAAUUGCUUCUCGUGCUCCUCAUAAUUCAUUUGCUAUGUUUUAUCCAGGUGCUUUUAAUACUACUACAGGUCCAUUACAUUGGCAUGUAUUAGCCAGAUCUAGAUCUAUUGAUAAUGAAAUAUAUACAGUGUUAUGUAGUCCUGCCAGAGAUGUUGAAGGUGGCGGUUAUCAAGCUUACGGCCAUUCCUUAGUGGUUGAUCCAUAUGGUAAAGUCAUUGCUGAAGCUGGUGAAGGUGAAGAAAUCUUAUUUGCUGAAUUGGAUAAGGAUUUAUUACCAAAAGCCAGAGAAUCUAUCCCAGUUCAUUAUCAACGUAGAUUUGAUAUUUACGGAGAUUUUGUUGGUGAUGGUAAAUCUAAAGUAAGUGAUUUAUAGAUGACA